GACGUAAGGACCCUGCCGACUUGAAUAUAAUUUAGUCUUCUGCACUGCUAAGCACAAAACAUCAACUUUCCGGCUGUUCCGACUGAACCUCAGGAAAAUUCGACAGUCGAAGUAAGCUCCGUUCACAACAUACUGAAUGUUGCACUGAAACGUGCCGCUGUCCGUCGAAAUUUUUGGUAUUACAACGCGACAUUGCUCGAUAUGUUUGGGGAUAUGCACUUGUGAAAAAAAAAAAAACACAGCGCUGACGAACGGCAUUUCAUUGAAGAAUUACCUGAAGCAUGGCCGAAGGAAGUACAAGAAAUACAUAUGAUACAGCUGUCGUUUCGUCUACAUCCUCCGCCUGGGGAUGGUUAGUUCGUCCUGUUGCCAUAGCGCUGUCCAGCCUCGGUUUGGUGGUCUUUGUAGCAGGAAUCACCUCGUUUUCGAUACGCGGAGUUGACAGUGGAAGCCGAGUGCUGCUGAUGCCUGCCGGGAGCGUCAUUCUCAGUCUCGGCGUUCUUUUAGGCAUCGGAUUCAAAAUAAGUCAACGCGAAGAGAGGAAGAUGGCUUUGAAAGCCCAGCGUUCUGGAAACGACGUGUUAGAUCUGACGGCGGAAUUUGCUACUAUUGAGAUAUCCGUUGGAAGUAACUGCUCCACGGAAUUCCCUGGGGACGAUCACGAGGACCAACAAAACCAGCAAGGAUCAAUCUUUACAAGAUUUCCGCCCAGGCGUCCCUGUCAGGAGGAAGCCGACCCCGGACGUUCCAUUGCCCCACUGCCAGCUGUCGCGCCUAUGUUGGAUAGCAAUGACGUGUUGGUAGUGCUCGAGGAUCCGAGUUUGUUUGAGAUCCCCCCCUCGUACGAAGAAGCAUGCGCAGUAUACACCGAAGUUGGUGUGUGAUCAUCGUGUUGCUCUGACGUACUUGAGUUGUCUCCUCGAUCCUUCCCCGGUGGAGAAUCAGACCAGAGAGGAGAUUCACUCUACACUCUUUUUUUUUUUUUUUUU